UGUAGCUCUGCUGGUGUUGCUGUUCUGUCUGUCUGGGACAUGGACUCAGGGAGAAAGUGGUGGGGACAGAGAGAGUUUGGUAGAGAGCCACGGGACUGAAGAUACAGAGACGACUAGCAAACAGACGACCGGCCAGACCACCACAACCCCUGAUAUCUGGGGCGAGGUAGAGGAGCUUAGAGACAUGGUGGAUAACUUGGGAACCGUGGUUUUGGAGCAGCGAGAGAAGCUGAGGAAAAUGGAGAAACAAGUGGAAAGAAGGUGGAGAGAAAAAAGGAGCAGAGGAGCUGAGGCCAGACUGAAGAGUGAGAAUGCAGCCAUGGGCGCCAGACUGAGUGCCAGUGAAAGGGAGGUGGAGGAGCUGCAGAGAAUGAAUGCAGCCCUGGAGGCCAGAGUGACAGACAGUGAGAAUGGGAACACAGCUUUAGAGGCCAGACUGAAUGCCAGCGAGGGGAUGGUGGAGAAGCUGAGGAGAGAGAAUGCAGACAGACCAAAGGUGGCCUUCUCUGCUGGUUUGACGAACGAUGGACAUGUAGGACCCUUUAAUAGUAUCACCACACUAGUAUACAGAAGGGUCAUCACCAACAUCGGCAAGGCCUACAACCCAAAUACAGGUGUCUUCACAGCACCAGUGAGAGGACUCUACUACAUCAGAUUCACUGCCAUGGGUCUCAAGGGUCCACCGUCCAUAGAUGCCUAUAUUUACCACAACGACAAGAGUGUCAUGUUCAAUCACCAGAACAAUGACAAUGGGCGUAAUAGGUUCUUGUCUAAUGCGUUGACUCUAGAGCUGGAGGCCGGGGAUGUGGUCUACAUGCGUCUCCCAGUAAAUCAGGAGCUCUAUGAUGAAAAGUCGAGUAACUACAGCACCUUCAGUGGCUUCCUGCUCUUCCCUAUGUAA